AUGGCUAAAAACGCGCUCAAUGUUAAUUUUUAUCCAAACACUCUCAAGGAUAAUGACGCUAUUUUGCGGAAACUACGAUCACGGAGCAAGAUUGAUAAUAAAACUCAAGAAGAAUGGAGUAAAUUAUUUACAAAAUUAAAUACCGAGUCCAAGAAACAAACUAACAAAACAAGUGAUGUAAGACAAAGUCACAUCGGUAACAGCGAGGACGUAACAUACGGAGUAAUCGAAGGAUUUCCCUCUGGAUCUUGGUGGGGAAUCCGCAUGGACUGCGCUAGAGACAGAGUCCAUAAAUCUUUCGACAACGACAUCGACGAGGGAAUCUUCGGAGUGGCUUCAAUUUGCACGUCCCACGUGAACACAACCAACGACGUGGACCUGGGCACCUACCUGACCUUCACAGGAGGUAAAUACAACCAGAGCAAGCCUACCGACCCUCUAUUAACCAACUUCAACAACCACAUUCCGCUGAGAUUAAUCCGGAGCUACAACUUAGCGAAUGAGUUCGCUCCUAAGACUGGUUACAGAUACGACGGCUUGUACAUCGUGGCGUCCUGCUGGAUCGGGAUCAACUCUAAAGAUUCAACUAGAUAUUACAAGUACGCUCUAGCGAGGCUUAAUCAUCAAGAAGCUCCGCCUUGGGUGACUCAAACUAGGAUUGUCACCAGACAAUCUUCUUCUCAGAAAUCUCCAUUAAAAUCCUGCGGAUUGUACAAGUGUCACAUGUACGGCUGCUCUCAGGAGUCUAAAAAAUUAAAAUCUUGCGAGUCUGACGUCGAGAAGGUAAAAUUAAAUGCUGAUCUUGGAGAGAAAGAAAAGGAAGCUGAAAAAGAAGCUUCAUUGCUAAACAGCCUUAAUUUUAUUUCCAAGCCUUAUAAAUUGCAGAAUACUAAUAUAUCAAUUAGAACUGAGUUGUAUGACUCUUCGCCUAAUCCUCAGCAAGAUGUUAAAAAAACUCCUAUGACUUACUGCAGAGUUUACAAUAAAACCAAGUCCGAGAGUAAGAAAUUAGAUGUGGACUUAAAAAAAAUACAAGAAGAUAAAAAUUUGUUUUUGGACUCCAGAGCAAGCACUAGAGCUUCUGUUGGCUCGGAAUCUUCAGGGCUCUCAGAAAAAAAAGUUGAUCUUCAAAAAGCAGUAGUGGAGAUAGAAACUAUGACUCCGGAGCAAAUGUUGAAUUUGAUUAUUAAAAAACGGUACAAUCCUACGGGAAAAUUGCUUAUUGGAAGCAUUAUUGGGCUCCCGGAGAAUGAAGGUAAAAAUUUAAAUUCUGGAAAGGUAAAGAGUAAUAUUGACCAUUUUAGAGAGACAAGGUCAACGGUUAAGAAUCAAGAAGUGAAGACUAAUCUUAAAAGGAGCAAGAAUAAGAGUAAAAAAUCAGUACCUAGAAAAAGGAGAAAUGAGCUGGCUAAUUUAACUAUUGAUGCUAAUUUCGGGAUGAAUUUACGCGGGCAGUGUAUUCAAACUAGGACUAUGAAAAAUAGGAGGCUAAGAUGUCCCGCUAUUAUUUUGAGUAAAAGGAAGGAUUUGUCGGAUUAUAUUACUAGUUAUCCUAGGGUUGAGCUUAGAAGGAAAGGAAAGAUUAUUGCUACUGCUAAAAAAAGUCAAAUUGGAGUCUGCAAAAGGCAUACUAUUGUUAAGAACAAAGAGGCUGAAAGGAAACAUGAAAUUCAGGGUAAUUUAAGAGAUAGAAAUAUUUGCAAUAUUAAUAAGAAUAUUAAUAAUAAUAAUAUUUUAAAAAGAAGAAAUAAAAUAAUAAAUACAGAAUCUUCAUUAAUAAAACCGAGAAUGGUUGACGCAUCAACGCAGUGUAUUACUACAAAAGAUGCGACGACUUUUGUAAACAUGGAGACUCAGAAAAAAAAUGAAGAGUCUUUUGUAAAAAUUGAAGUGAUUGAUUUAGAAGACGAGGAAGAAAUGGAAGAAGUUAAAUCAGAGUUUGAAGAUAGCAAUUCUGAAGAGGAAGAAGAAGAAGAAGAAGAAGAAGAAGAAUCUUUGAGGGAUAAAAAAUUUUAUAGUGGGAAUGAUGUUGAUAUUAAUAUUAAUAAUGAUGAUAAUGAUAAUUUGUCGGCGUUUGUGGCUUUGUCGGACAGGGACAUGAGAGUAGCUAGGCUGAGAUCGAUCGGGUUCAAGCCCAUCGAGCCGGUUAUUGUCUCAGAGAACGGCUCUUUUGUACAAUACUACAAUUGUGACGCGAGCACUAGUUCUUUGAAUGCAGUGGUCGAGCGACAGGUUGACGAGCAGUAUAAUAAGUACACUAGUGAGGAAAAUAAUGUGGUUGAGUACAUGGAUCAUGAGCUACAUUUUCAGGAUGUUGAGGAGGAUGGGAUUAAACAUGAUUGUAAAAAUUCUGGGGGUAAUUUUGAUAAUAAAGGUGGUUGUAAGAGUGAGAAGAAACGCAGGUGCAGUUCUUCAGAGGAAGAAUUUCAAAGUGAAAAUUUUGACGAAGAGCAGGAGGCUCCCUGGCUUGGAUGGAGCAGGAGUACUGCUAAUAGAUAG